CUCUCCUCUCCAUCUCCAUCUCCUAUCGCGGAUCCGUAUAAGGGGUUUCAAGAUGGUGGAUCAAGAUAGUGCUACUGAGGUGUUGGGCUAUAACCGAACCCUACACGGCUCAGCUUUGGCUCGGUGGAUGUUGUUCAAUGAACAGGCUUUGCUUGACUCCGAAGCCGUGUUGCAUGAGCCCAGUCUUGGCUUAUGGGACAUUUUUCUGUUCUAAAUUUAUUAUAUUUUCUUAACUUCUAUCACUUAUCUGCAUAUCCGUCCGCAUGAUAACACAUCAAUCUGAGAACCAGUGCUUUUGCUAAAGCUUGUUUCACAGUUUGAUGAAGUCGAUCAGAGUUUUUAAUUAGCUAAUACCAAGUACAAAUAAGCGUUAUAACAAAAAUAACCAUCCUCUGACCCCCCUGAUUGGAUGAUGCAGUUUGUGAUUUGUGAAAAGUCUCAUUAGUCGAGGAAUUAUUGGUUGUUUGGCGUGUAAUUUUGUUUCCGUAUUGAUUUCUUCUUCUUCUUCUUCUUUUAUUUUAAGCUGUACUUAGGCACAUUGUUUAAGUCCAUAUUGCAAUUUCUUAUUGCAAAAGUCUUUCAAUAACUAAAUCAAGUUGUACAUUUUUAUCGACAUUUGGAGAGCAUAAGCAAAUGGGUUUUCUUUCUCGAAAUGUAGAGAGGGAGAAGUUAGGGACUGAAAAUUUAACAAGUUACUAUUAGUGAAAAUCCUUCCCUUGACCUCAAAGGAGAAGAUUCCUCGUUCGUCUUUGGUGCCUUCUCUUUGGUGCCUGUCUGUGGUUCUAGUAAAAUUUGCCAAAUAAUUGAUCGGAGGAGCCAUGUGCCUGAUGGCUCUACUUGCUAGCUGAUUUUCAUUGUAUGCUGCUUCAUGAACACUUACUUGCGUUUGAAUUGUUGCUAUUUCCAUGUAUAGUUGGUUAUUGCUUGUUUAGUCCAAAUGCACAUACAGUUGGUUAUGUGCACUUCUGUCUCUAUUGUUUAAAGAUUUCUACUGAAUUAAGUUACAUGUGACUGGAAAUUUUCAACUAUCCAUACCUCAUGUUGGCAUGUGUUAUAAUUACAUGCAAGUAUAGUGAUGAGGGAAAUUUUUAGAAUUAUGUAUCGUUUAUCAAUGCGAUAACCAUAUGAACUAAAUGUGUAUUAAUUUCAAUAUAGAAAUCUGAUAAUGUACAAUUUACUGACUUUGUUUGCAUGAUCUUUGUAACCUUGUACAGGUUUUGUGGAGCGUUUAACUGAUCUAUGGAGCUGACAAAGCAGGGGCAAACUACCAUGCCAGCUAAUCUCCGAUCGCAACAAUUACCCUCAUCAGAUAAUCAAUCUGCACAGGUUGAAUUGCUGCCCAUAUUUCAUACCACCUUGCCUGUUGAUUGGGGGUCACAGCAACUGUCGUCAGCGAACAAAUACCUUGUUCAAAGUAUGGGGGAAGCAUCCAUGCCCAUUGAUGUGAGACCAUGUAACAUAAUGCCUCCAAACAAACAAUCAUUUCAGCCAGGAACUUCUCAUCCCUCUCCGUUUCCUCCUCUUUUGGGCUUACAUCAGUUACAUUCUUCAAACAUAGUGCCAUUAGGCUCUGGACGGUUGCUUAAUAUGCAAACCUCUAUGUCGCUACCCUCACCAUCGACAAACAAAAGGCCCAAUCAGAUGGAAACAUCAGGCAAGUUGCAAGCAGUGAAAGGGGGGUUGACCAAAUCCUCAAACAAACGCCCUGCACAGGUGGAACUACUGACAUCAAAGGCCAAAUCAGAGACAUUUGAGUCGGUGAGGUCGAAACUGCGGGAAUCCUUAGCUACCGCUUUGGCUAUAGCUUCUGAACAGCCAGGUGAGCAGCAAUCUGCAGAAAAGAAAUGUAAUAAUGAUGAAGACAUAGCCAGUGAUGUAGGCUCGAAGGAGAAGAUAAAUGAAGAUGCAAACUUGUCUGGUGAUAAGGUACAAGGUGUUCAAUCAAUACUUGUUUCCUCCUAUAAUGAAGUACCAAGUGACAGUAUGACUGUUGCUGAUGAGCUACUGCAAGGUCACGGGCUUCAAUGGGUUUCUGAUCUUGAUGCUGGGCCUACCGAAGCUGUACUAGAACAUGGUUCAAAAAGACUGAAGACUACAGCCCAGGAAGAUACUAACGAUGUCAAAGAAAUCGCUCGGAAGUCUGAAAGUUUGGCGUUUAGAAUUGAAGCGGAGCUCUUCAGACUAUUUGGUGGAGUCAAUAAGAAAUAUAAGGAGAAGGGUAGGUCUCUCUUGUUCAAUCUGAAAGAUCGGAAUAACCCAGAGUUAAGGGAACGGGUUUUAUCUGGCGACAUUGCACCAGAACGUCUCUGUGCUAUGUCUGCUGAGGAACUUGCUUCAAAGGAACUUUCACAGUGGCGGUUGGCUAAGGCCGAAGAGAUGGCACAGAUGGUUGUGCUGCCCGAUUCAGAGGUUGAUGUCAGGCGAUUGGUAAAGAAGACACAUAAAGGAGAAUUUCAAGUUGAAGUAGACCAAUCUGAUGCUGUCUCUGUGGAAGUUGAACUUGGGGCAGGUCUUCUCUCUCGGAUUCCGUCAAAAGGUAAAGAAGAAGUUCGAAAGAAGUCCAAAUCUAAUGAAUUAAAGGAACCUGAAGGAAAGCUGCAAGUUAAGAAGGCUGACUCAGCUGGCAACCCUAACUUGUCAAGCAAUUUGGAAACACUUUUGGAGGAGAAAAGUGAUCUCAUGCAGGAACUGAUGGUUGAUGAUUUCAAAGAUUCAGAUAAUCUUCCUCCUAUAGUUUCUUAUGAUGAGUUCAUGGAGGCCCUUGAUUCUGAACCACCAUUUGAGAAUUUGUCAGUGGAUACUUCACAAGGCAACCAAAGUUCUGGUCGGAAAAACUUAAUUAGCUCAGAUUCAGAGAGAGUUCCUGAAUCAGGUUACCCUACAUCUGAUCCGGUUACUGUAUCAGAUGGCGUUGCAGCCAAGUUAGACUCCACGAAAGAUGGUUCUCCUCUCAAAGUAGAUUCAAAGGAUAGUAAAGUGGAUGUGAAAAAUGCAGAGACUGACAAUGGCGCGAAAUCUACUUCUGAUAAUUUACAACCAGACACCUCUUCUAGUGUUGCAUUGACGAGUGAGAUUUUAUGGGAGGGUGCAAUGCAACUGACGGUUUCUUCACUUGCAAAUGUCAUUGGUCUCUUCAGAAGUGGUGAGAAGCUUCAGACAAAAGAAUGGCCCAGCUUUCUUGAGAUCAAAGGAAGAGUAAGAUUUGAUGCUUUUGAGAAGUUCCUCCAACAGCUUCCUCUAUCUCGGAGCCGUGCAAUCAUGAUUUCUCAGUUUUGUUGGAAGGAAGGUUCUCCUGAGAGCGGCCGAGUGAACUUGUCUGAGACAGUCGAGUCUUACAUUGCGGAUGAGAGAGUGGGAUUUGCCGAACCUACCCCCGGAGUGGAGCUAUACUUGUGCCCUCCUCACUCAAGGACUCUGGGAGUACUCGCGACCUUUCUUUCAAAGGAGCACGCCGAGACUCUUCGUUCGGCCGAGAAGAGUCUCAUCGGCGUGGUGGUGUGGAGAAGGCCACAUGUAAAUAUGUCACCUAGGGCGUCCUCCCACCACAAGCAUAGUGGCUCCAGGAAACACUCGAGGAAACAUCUCAUCAAUUCUAGCUCCGCUAGAUCUUCUUUCACGCCUACUCAUCCUGUAUCGCCCACACCCACUAAUAAUAUCCACCCGUCAAAUGACGAUGAAUAUGAUGAUGAUGUGCCUCCGGGCUUCGGCCCUUCAAAUUCGAGGGACGAAGAUGAUCUCCCUGAAUUUGAUUUCACUAACACCGCAAAACCUUCUGUACCGUCAAUCCACUCUCGCGGUCCGGUGGUCCGUCAUCCACCACCAUCGGGUCGCCCGAUGGAGCAAAUGAGGGAGUUGGUGUACAAAUAUGGACACAGUAAGAAGGAUAAAGCGCUAAAUAUAGAAACUGAGCCAUGGAAUGAUGAUGAUGAUAUCCCAGAAUGGGAUCCCCGUCAAGAUAAUCAGCUGCAAAGUCAGGCUGCGCCGCCGCAUGCACCACCACAACCACAACCACAACAAUCACUAAACCCUACCCCAACGCCACCGUCACUACCACCACCGCUGCCGCUCCAGCAGCCUGCAUCACAGUUGCAUUUGUAUCAGCAGCCGCCGUUGCAGCCUUUCCAAGUGAGCCAUAAUGCAGCAGUGCCGCCCAACCAGCAGUUGCCACCUCAGCAGCUCGCACAGACGGCUAUGCCACAUCAACAACCACUUCAGCCUCAAAUGGGCGUGGUUCAACCUAGUUGGAACCCUAAUCAGUGGCCAACUGACGUGGGUAUGCCUGUGAACAAUAAUGGGUCGAUGCAGCCACUUCCCGUAAGUGGGCACUCCUACGGCUUUCAUAACAUGGGUGGGUCAAUUCCGAGUUCCAUCGGGUGGAGACCAGAUCUAACGCCACGUAAUAAUAGGGGUGGUUAGUGCGAUUUUGAUGUUGUAAUCGGUAGUAAACUCUCUCCAUCUUUGUAAUUAAACUGUGUGUAUGAUCCGCGUACUCCUUUUAGGCGGUUAGAUCGAAUGCAGGUUGGAGCACAUGAUAUCCAUCUUCGUUAUGCCUGGUAUUUUCCUCGCCAAAUUUUGGGCUGCUUUAAUUAACCUUGUUAGUAGGACUGAUGAAGAAUAUGUAAUAUGGAUAACUGAAUCUUAAUAAUCUUUGAACGCUUGUGCGGGUUAUUUUGA